CAUGGGGAUUAAUAAACUUACGUCAUCCAUGUUCCCAUAGCGAUACUCCUUACGCUCAUCUGCUAGACAUCAGCCGUAUCAACAGCUAUUUGAAAUGGAGGACCCCGAAGAUACGAGCCGGGAUAAUGUGCUUUGGGGCGAUGCCAUGGAGGAGAUAUUCAUCGACAUGCUCUACCAGGACGCGCUUCAAGGUAGAUUAAAGGGCGGAAAGAUAACGUUUAGAGAGCAUGGAGUUUAUGCACAGCGACUCACUGCUGUUGGGAAGAAAGUGUUUGACGGGAACCAGGUUCGUGGAAAAUUGACGAGGUUGAAGGGGAUGCAGCGCUUGUUUACCGAUUUGUUGAGCCAAACUGGUAUGGGUUGGGAUCCCAACACAAAGACAGUUGUCGCGAGUGACGAGUGCUGGGAGAAUGCCAUUAGGGUUAAAUCGAAAUGGGGGAGGUUUCGUACUUUUGGCUGCCCAAAGUACGAGGAGCUGUGCACCAUAUUUGGCGCGUCCGUUGCAUACGGGACUAUGCAACACGCAUCAACACAGCUACCCGCAGAUAGCGACGACGAGCGGCGCCUGGAUGAGGAGAUGCGAGCUCGAUGCCCUCCCAUCACUAGGCCAUCGACAGGGAUUGCCCAUUGGCAAUGA